AGAAAUAAACAGUGUGGCUCCAACCUUCGCCAGCUGAGAAGCUACGCAUCGGAUCACAAAAACAUUGAGUCAUGUGAAGGGCUAUUUGUUGCUCUGUCGGCUAUUUCAAAAGGGAAAUAGUGUUGUGAAACAGUGCAAUGGUGUCUGGGAUGGAAUGCGAGUGAAUAUGACAGAGCUGAAUAGCACCAGGAACAAGUCAGGUGCCAGGUAGCUGCCGUUUUCUCGAUGUCACAGGAAUGAGAUGGAUUUGCUUGUGAAGUGUCCAAUAUGCAAGGAACAAUACAGCGAAGAGCGUGUGCCUCGCAUCCUGACUUGUGGCCACUCGCUGUGCACUAAUUGUACUGGAGACACCCUGAAUGGCGUUAAAACCUGUCCAGAAUGUCACGAGAAACUAUUUGCAGACGACGUCAUCGAGAUUCCCGUCAACUUCCCACUUUUAAGGCUUAUCCGUGCAUUAGCAGAAGAGAAAGGAGGAGAAGAAGAAGUUACAGAAACAUUGGUACCAGCGUUUCCUGUAGACGAGCCUUCCACCGACCAGUUCUCGGGUGUGAGUAGCUGUGAUGCUCACGGCAGUCUCAUGUCCUUCCUGUGUUGCACCUGCAGCAUGUGGGUUUGUCAAGACUGCUUGGUAGUGGAUCACCCGGUUUUCCCUCGCGGCAGGUGUCACAUUCUUGGGAUUUCGGAGGCCAUGGCGAAAAUACGAAGCGACCACGAGAUAUGUUCCAAUAAAAUAUUGCGAGUUAUCACCAACAUGAAAUGUAACUUCGACUUUGAAAUAACCAUUCACGAGCAUUGUCUUCAAAGCUGUCCAGCUAAGCAGGGUGGCCAUCGUCGCCUUAUCAAACGCAUAGGGAGUCAUUUAGAAAAAGUAGAAAGAAAUAACCUGAUUGCCGUCCAAAAAGCAAAGGAAUUUGUUGAAAAUCUGACGGAAGAGGUGAACACAACUAUGUCAGCAAAAGAGAUCACGAGUCUAGGGCAAGAGCUCGUCAAUUUCGAAGUUAAAUUAAAGCGACAUACUCUUAAGGAAAAGAGAAGGAAAAUGCUGGUGUUGCAGAAUGUCAUGGAGCAUUUAAAAUUGGAUCUAAAAAUCCUGGGCAAGGGCAAGGAGCCAGCGCACGCCAUUCUAGAGGUGGACGAGGGAUGCAAGUGGUCCCGCAUCACCAUUAGAGAUAAUCGUCUUCUCUUAUACUCCCUGAAUGAGGGGAAGCCACCGAUUCCAGGGAUUAACAUUCCGUUUGAAUAUGCCCGGAAGAUGAUCCCCAACGAAAGAACGACGGUGUUCUACGAAAUCGGAAAUGAAGAAGAGGUACUAGGCCGAGUUUACGUUCGACUGCAGAACAGCAGCGCUUUGGCCAGACAGGUGGUGCUGAUGUGUUCGGGGGAAACAGGAUUGUCUUACAAGGGAACCUGCCUCUACAAAUACGACAAAGCGCACGGCAUCCUGGAAGGGGGAGAUUACGAAAACAACGACGGGUCUGGCGGCAAGGCCAUCCUCGAAGGAACGGCCGACUGCGACUCGUACUCGGAAAAUUGGACGUCGCCCGGUAUGCUGACGGCAAUUCGAUGCUCCACGAAAUUCCAGUUCCACCUGAAGCGUCUCAAGAGGAAUGCCCACUUGGUUAUUGGCAGAGUCAUGGAAGGGCUUGACGUCUUGCAAGCGGCUCCCGAUCUUCAAUUGGGAGAGGUAUUUGUUAGGGAUUGUGGACUAUUUAUUCCUAUGAAUGUGGACGAUGAUCAGCAAGAUGAGACAGAAUGAUGUUUGCUAAAUAAUAACAACUUAGGUAAAUGACUUAUUUAAAGCGUCAACGCAAGUGCCUUUUUUCAUCUACUUUAUACAUGAUGUAUGGCCGCCUCCAUUUUCAAAUGUUCAAUUCUUUAAAAACGCUGAGUGGAUGUCGGAGUGCAUUUAAUGUUAAUGUCCCAGCGUUUCAUUUCACAAACCCAGGGUUUGUGAAAAAAAAAAAAAAAGUUUUUCCAGGCUCUGAUAGAAAUUAUAGCGUUAUAUGAUACAUUACCAUUUAUGUGACUGACGUUCUGAAUGUUUUUUGUGAAAUAAUGAUUUUUGUGCCAUUCACAAACCCUGAUAUACAAAUGCCGUUUACAUAGUAGGCAAUAAAAUGCUAACGAUA